GCUGGUGCUGAUGGGAGCACCGCAUUUCCCGGCACAGUCGGAUGAUUUAGUCUUGUCUUUUCGUCCAUCUCUUUUUCCCUACCAACUUGUUCAAAAGUCCCUAUCAUCGAGUGUCUUUCCUACCAUCCAUUCAAUUGCCACUCCUACUCAAUUGCGGCUCGUCUGGUCCCCCCCACCUGCUGCCAACCCAUUGCGACCCUGCAAAAGAGCGCACGAGCUCUGUUGAUUUUCAGGUCCCGCCGUUGAAGACCAGAAACACGGCAGCCAUGGAGACCUUCACCACCCUCAAGCGCCGCACCACGGAGCGGCUGCAGUCCCUCCCUCAGUCUUUACAAAAAAUGCCAAGCGUCAGCAUGCCCUCGGUAAACAUGCCGUCAAUGCCUUCGAUGCCUUCGAUGCCCGCCAUGCCCGCCAUGCCUUCGAUCGGGAGGGGCAAGGGUAGCCCCUCGAGCGACGCUCUCAAGGGCUCCUGGGAGCGCAUCUCACUUCCGCCCCUCCCCCGCUCGUCCCACACCGUCGACGUCGUCGCCGGAACCGCCUACAUCUUUGGUGGCGAUGGCCGCGUCCGUCAGCCUGUCGACAACGACGUCUACGCCGUCGCCUUGCCCCAGGGCUUUGCCGGUGCGGAUUGCUAUGCCAUCAAGCCGAAGCCCGCACCUCAGUCCGUCGACCACGCGCCCCAAGAGGAGGGUGUCGCGGCAUCCUCCAGCUCCGGCAAAGACAAGGGUCUGACCGAAAUACCACUGGGUGACGCUCCCAGCGUUCCCGUCAUCAGGGAGCCAAGCCCUGCGGGGGGCGCGCCAGCCCCGCCCAAACAGGAGGAGGAGUCUAGCGAGGAAGAGGAGACGAGCAGUGAGGAAGAAGAGUCAGAUAGCGAUGAGGAGGGCAACGCCCCGGCUGCCGCCCGGAAAGAUAAGGGUAAGGGCCCAGCGUCGCCUGCGGUGGCCUCGGACAAAGUUCCGCCUCCGCGCGUGGGCCACGCCUCGGCCGUCAUCGGCAGCCGCGUGCUCAUCUUUGGCGGCCGCCAGCCCGGGUCGGACCCUGAGACGUCCCCGCCCCUCGAGGAGCACGGCCGGGUCUGGGCCUUUGACGCCCGCACGCACACCUGGGCCUCCCUCGACCCCAGGCCCGCGACCCUGCCGGCCCCCCUGACCCUCGCACCCGCCGCCUCCCCCCAGCCCUUCCCCGUUGCCCGGAGCGGCCACUGCUGCGCCGCCACCGACCGGCCGGGCCAGCCUGGGAACGGGACGAACCGCAAGAAGAUGCGCGGGCCCAACAAGGCGGCCGGCUGGCGCGAGUGGGCCGAGGGUGACCGCUCAGAGGUCGGCAUCCCCCAGGCCCCCGUCGUCGGCAACAUCGCCGCGCACGCGACUGACGAGGAGUCGGACGGUUACGGCACCUUAUUUGUGCACGGUGGCCGCCUGGCCGACGGUUCGCUGAGCACAGAGGCGUGGGCCUUUGACGUCCACACCCGCGUCUGGCAGCAGCUCCCCGACGCCCCCGGGCCCGGCAGGCAGGGGUCCGCCGUGUGCAUCAGCAAGUCGCGCCUCUACCGCUUCGGCGGCGCAGACGCCGCGGGCCAGCCCCAGGGCGGCCGCAUCGACUUUUUGGAGCUGGGCCUCGACACCUUUGACGACGUCAGCGCCGUGGGUGACGAGGUCAACGUCACGGCCCGCGCCGGGGCCUGGAAGACGCUCGCCGAGGAGGCGCCGGGCGUGUCGGUGGCGGACGAGAACGACGGCGCGGCCAAGUCGCUCGUUGACCAGCACCCCUGGCCCGGCGCGCGCACCACCCACAGCCUCUGCGCCGUCACGACGGGCGGCGGCCGCGAGUACCUACUCCUGGUCCUGGGUGAGGGCGGCGAGGGGCAGUGCUGGGACGACGUCUGGGCCUUCCAGGUCCCGUCGCUCGGCAUGAGCAUGGCCAGCGUCACGGACGCGGUCCUCACCGUCUUCAGGCGCAAGACGGGCGAGGGCCGCUGGUAUCGCGUCGAGACGGGCGCCUACGACGAGGACGACCCGAGCGCCGCCGAGGGGCCCGGCCCCCGCGGCUGCAUCGCCACCUCGUACGACCACGACGAGAACGCCGUCGUGGUAUGGGGCGGCAUGGCCCCCGGGGCCAAAAGGCAGGGCGACGGCUGGAUCCUGAGGCUCGGCGACCGGCCUAGGGGCUGAUGAGGGGGGUUUUUUGUUCAGUAGGGGUAGAUCUGCGCUUGCACCCAAGAUCUGAAAGGAAGAGCUUACAGCCGAGAUCGUUGAAGAAUCAGGACCAUGACUCGCUAUGGCUUACAUAGGUUUUCAGGGGUUGUCACGUUUUUUUUCUUUGAGGAUGACAUGUUCUUCCCACGUCUGGGUACCAAAGCCCAUUUGUAUGACAUCAGAACCGCCAUAUAGUCACCAGCUGGACUGGCAGGCCUGUGUUUAUCCACCCUCAUGCAUUGCUUUCCACAAUACGACAUGUAUGUACAGAGAAUAACGAUCUCUUUUCCCUGACGGGCUAUCAGAACCCCUCUGAGG